AUCUUGGAUCGACAAAACGCAAUCCCUCUGAGCAAUCAGAAUCUAGCUUGUGAUUGUAUUUGAUAUGUUCAGAGUCGUACUCACAAGUGAAAUGUCACUCCGCUCAAUUGGCCUGCGGGCAUAUCCGUCUGCACAGACAAUCGCGUCUCGAAGAUGGGCGUCGACUUUGGGUGCAAGCAAAAGUCGAGAUCGUUUAUCCAUUUUGGGUAACGGUUCAUUAACAAAGCAAGACACUCUAAGCCGCAUAGCAGCGUGGCAAGGAGCUGCAGAAAAGAAUGGAGUUGUUUCGCAGCCAACGAACUCGGCAGCCAUCCUUGUAUCAAGAGACAUUUCCAGGUGGCUUGACGACUCGGAAUUCAUGGCAGCGCUCAUCUCUAGCCUACGUCUUUGCAGCUCAGAGACGUCCCAAGCAGAUGUAAAUAUCCUCUGCGCAGCAGUGGAUAGCCUUUGCCCACAGUCUCUGCAUGACACCCCGUCAAGCGGCCUUUCCAUCCUUCAGGGUUACCAAGACGCCAUACUCCCAGGUCUGUGGCAGCAGGACUCUGGGGCGACAUCUUCCAGCUUUAUGCAACGCUCGGAAGACGCGCGCCCAUCCAUUUCCAUGCGUCUGAACCCUUUUCUUGGCGACUUUCGCGCAGUAGAUGCCACCCUGCCCCUGGCCAACACCGUUUUCCAAAACGGUCGACCGUUCACGCUUAUAGCCAGCAAGUGGAAGCAUGAGUCUGCGACCAGCACAGUCCCUAGGCUCGUUGAUGCACUAGAAAAAGAAACACAGCACAUCGUAGCAUCGGCCGGAAGCAUUCAAUCCCACGCCAACAUCUCUGUGCCUAUUUUCCCCUUGACUUCACCAAGGAGAAUAGCAUCGGGUCUCGGCAACAUCGUGCGCCAGAUCGAUGUGGACGGUUCUCCCGUUCCUGCGUCGGAGGAGCUCGAAACUGCCAUGCACGUUCUGAUUGACACGCGCGCGAGGCUGCUCCCGGAAGCUGGUCCAACUUCCAACAGGACCUGGGCAUUGGUUAUUCCCGAGGACUGUGCAAGCCUUGAGUUUCUCAAAGGUUUGUCUACUUCUGUAGACGAGGCUGGGGUCAAGAACGAGCAAAAGAGGGCGGAGACUUUUGCAAGACACUUCUCCAACAUUCUGGCCGAGGGCGGCCGUCUACACCGAGUCUUGAGCGGUGGAGGUGGCUGGGGCGCCAAAAGGGGCCUUCUGUCCCUUGACCCGCAGACGACAUAUUCAUCAUCAGGGUCGGAAGAUUUGGAGACUUUCAUGGCGGCCUUUGGUGGCGAGACUACACCAAACAGUGUUGUGUCGCCAGGAUCUUACAUCCAAUUCCUGGUUGAACCGCUGCAACCAUCGCCGUCGCCAGAAACACAGCGACUUCCGUCGUUGCUUCUCGGAACCACGCCCUCAAGCACCGCCGAAAUGGGCGAGGGAGGACAUGCCAGUGACAAGCAGCCCCUUAGUCUCGUAGAGGGACACUUUGGUGCUUUGUCGAGCUCAGGCAUAUAUCUCAACCUUGCCUCAAGCUCCAGCGGCGGAGGCCAUCCGGGUCACAUACUUACCAAGGUCGAUGCACCGAACUCUUACUUGUGGGAAGGGUCUAGUCGUUGGAUAUAGUGGAAAUGUAGCAACAUGAUGUACAGUAUGUAUGAUUACCAUAAAAGAGCCGUCGUCUAAUAUUAACCACGCCAUUUUGUAAGUCUA